CAAAACAUCAAGCUGUGUGCAAGAGAAAAAAAUGGGAAGACCUCAAAUUGCUUUACAGUCUAGCAAACCCGUCCAUCAAUUUGUGUUUCUCAAUCUGGAGGAUCUAGGGCUUCAACAUGGAUUCUGACUGAAGAGAAGUUUGAUCUUGCGCAGAAACUUCUUCUUUGCUGGUUUGGACUUUUGUAUAUCCUGUUCAAUCGUCCGACCGACCGACUUGACCAGGGCGUCAGUGCUACACAGCCUUAACAUUGCUCGGACAGCAGCUAGCUCUGGGAGACAGAUGUCCGCUGCCUUUUGAUGUGCCUCAGAAGUUGAGUAUCUUCCCAUCUAACCUCACAGCUCUCCAAGGCUAUGGAUUCUGAAGAGAUACAGAUGAGAACACAGUCAUCACAGUCGGACACCAGCUCCCAGGCUUCCUCCCGGUGCAGGACACAUCCCAAUACUUGCUGUUUCUGCUGGUGCUGCUGCUGCUCCUGUUUAACAGUCAGGAACAAGGAUAUAGAUGACCGCAGUCAAAAAUUUUCUAUGAUUUCCAAACAGGAUACUCUUCAGAAACAAGAAGAAAGAUUGAGUGUGAAUCUGGAUGAAGUCAUAUCUUGGUCCAAGUCCUUUGAACACCUCCUAAAGGGCCCAAAUGGGAGGAAAUUCUUAUUAAAGUUUUUACAGAGUGAGCAUAGCGAUGAAAACAUUCUUUUCUGGCUUGCCUGUGAAGAAUUCAAGCAGGAAGAUCAGAAAACCUCAAUUGUUGAAAAGGCAAAAUCAAUAUAUUUUGAUUAUAUUUCAGUUCUGUCUCCAAAGGAGAUCAGCAUUGAUGCCAGCGUGCGAGAAGCCAUCAACAAAAACAUGGAAACACCAACAACAGACAUCUUUGACGAAGCACAGAUGCAUGUGUAUGCACUUAUGCACAGGGACUCUUACCCCAGGUUCCUGAAUUCGCCAAUGUACAAGUCACUUCUGGAAGAACUAUCUCCCUCAGGCAAUGAAAUGGACUCCGAUCUGUAACAAUCACUUUAAUAAUAUGUCCAACACCAAGCAACUGAGCUAAUUUCUGACCUGACCAAGGACUCUGGGGAAAUCAAACCUUCAGGUCUCCUGUUGGGAUCUGUCUCACUACUCCAGAUGCAGAAAGAGACGAGCACAUUCAUACCAAACUGUCCACCCAUUCAUCGUCAUGCCGUAUCGUAUAAUGCGGGCGACCAUGGUCUUUGUUGGCAAGUCAUUCUACAGGAGUUAUUUGCCAUUGUCUUCUUCUGGGCAGUGUCUUCACAAGACAAGUGACCUCAACCAUUACCAAUACUGUUCAGAGAUUGUCUGCCUGGCAUCAGGCCAUAACCAGGACUUGAACCAGAUGUUCAUAUGACCGUCCAUCACCGGCUGCCAUUGUUUCACGUGACCCUGAUCAGAGGGCCAAGCAGGUGUUACGCCUUGCCCAAGGGUGACCUACAGGCUAGCAGAGGGAAGGAGUGCCUUAAACCUCGUUUUGUAGGGACAUAUCGCCACUUCGUCAUCCUUCACCCAGUACCUCACUGAAUUAUAACAAAGGUUCAAUAUUUCAUCUUUAAUCAAUAAUAGCUGAAAAAUCAUUCCAGAAAACCUGCUGAUAGAAUUUGUUUGUUUCUUUUUACACUGAAUACUGGAUUGCCAACAUAAUUUAUCAAUCAACCCUGUAUUUUGCUUCAAGAAAAUGCUUUCAAAAUGCAGAUACUGCGUGCAGACUGCUACUGGUUCUUUUUGUUUGCGGAUACAUAAAGGACAUGAAAUGGUACCACCCACAGGAGAAGAGAAACCCCAAUUUCUUAAAAACCCUGGCACAAUGAAUGACUUUGAAUGCUGAGGUAUUAUCUGUUAUCGAUAGCAACUGGAAUGGGUAGUGCUUAUUGAUAUAAAGACAUAGAACAUAGAACAUUACAGCUCAGUACAGGCCUGCAACACGUCACCAUGGUUCACCAACACAAUCUUAGAAUUUCCCCUUCAGCCCACGAUGUUGUGCCAACAUUUAAAUCUAUGCUUAGAUCAAUCUAACCCUUCCUUCCUACAUAACCUGCCACUUUUCUAUCCAAGACUUUCUUAAAUGUCCCUAAUGCAACUGUCUCUUCCACCAUCCCUGGAGAGCGUUCCAUACAGUCUCUGUGUAAGGAACCUGCCUCUAAUAUCCCCCAUAUCCCUUGGGAAGUAUAUCUAUCUAUCUAUACUUUCCUCUGAUCAUCUUAAUGUUUCUGCCCUGGGAAAAAAGUCUCUGGCUAUCUACUCUACCUAAGCUUUCGACCACCUUGUGCUCCUUAAGUUCCCUUAUUCACAGAUCCACAGUGGGGCAGAGGAGAAUAUUUGCAUCUCUGGCUCUCCUCCAGCCUGAGAUCUGACCAGACCCUCAGCCCAGCAGCAGAGACAGGAGGGAGAUGGCAACCAGGAACAGAAGAGAUGAGAUUAGGGAUUAUCUUUAUUCAUCACACAUAAAUUGAAACAUACACGAUGAAAUGUGUCACUUGCAUUAAAUCAAAUCAGCGAAGGUUGUGCUGGGCAGCGAUGGGAAACAAGCGUUGAUCGGUGCUUACUGGUGCUGUGUAACGUUAUGCUAACCAAUUCACUACGGUGCUGCCCCAGAAGAUGCACUCUCUCAGCUUGCAGCCUGGGCUCAGUGUUAGCUCUUUGAACCGAACCUCAUAUUUCCAGGCCACCUUCACCUCCCCUUCCCUCUCUCUGCUCCCAUCUCUGCUUCAUUCUUCAGUAGUGAAUGAUGAUUCUCACUGAAGCUACAACGGUGACUCGUUUACUGAAACAUACAAGAAGAUGACAUGAAUCAUCCAUAGACAAUGAUCCAGUGUCAACCUGCCUCGAUCACACCUACUUACCAAUCCUCAAAAAAAGUCUGGGAAAAAUGAAUCACUUUCAAUAUUGUUGUGUAUUUAAUAUUUCAGUUACAUUUGAGUAAUCCUGUAUAUAUAUUGGUCGAUUAAGCAGUCUUCUUUGUUUAAGUAAUUGAUUGCAAGUUAUAUGUAAAAAUACGUUAAAUGCAUACAACAUCACAUUUCAUGUGCGCACUUCGCUUAAAGUAAAUACGAGAUUACACUUGCACUUCAAACUCCUGACCUUCUUUUGAAUUAAUUUAAUGUUUUUAAUUUACAAAGCAUAACAUUGGUGAUGAGGUAUUUUUAAAACUAACCCAACACAACUACUGAUCUGUUAAGGAGCAGUGAGACGUUCAAACUAAAAUACAACACAGCGAGGAACAGCCAAGUUACAAAAAGCAUAUGUUCUUCAGAAGGGAAGACAUGAUUGAGUUUAUAAAAAGUUAGAAAAAGGAAGAACUCAGGGUUCAUAAAGAGAGUACUGGAUGAUAACAAUCAUUAAAUAAGCAGAAAUGCUAGCUACAUCGGAAAGAUUGACGAGUUUUAUUACACAAUGGGUAAUUGGCUCAUGUAUACUGAACUAUAGGAAUGGUAUUUUGAAGCAAGUGGAAUAAACAAUGAGAAGCGAGUGCCAAUUUUGCUGAGUUCAUUGGGUUUAAAGGCAAACCAUUUGCUUCGAAGUUUGAUUGCUCCAUCAGAAAUGAGCUUUGUAAAAGUAAUGCAGGAACAUUUGGAAAGCUAUUGUAGAUUGCAGAAUGCUUUAGAUUUCGUAAGUGGAAUCAAAAGGAAGAGGAGUCCAUUUCAGUGUAUGUGACUGAAUUGAAGAGAUUGUCUGAGUGUUGUCAGUUCGGUCAUAGUCUUAAUGAUACACUAAGAAAUUGUUCUCUUUUCAGAUUCCACAAACUAAACAUUCAAAAAUGGAUCUCAACUGAAGCACAACUUACAUUUAAAAAUGCAGUUGGAAUUGCUGUAUCAAUGGAAACAGCAGAAAGAGACCAAUUGAGUUGCAGUCAGGAAUGAAAGUGAGCAUGAAUAAAAUUGCUGUAUCUAAACAGAAACUGGCCUGGCAAAACAAAUUGUGUUACCAUUGUGGCAGGGGCCCACAUACAUAAAACAAAUGCA